AUGUCGAUUAUCACAGCUGCCCAGUGGGUCCCUAGGGGAUUCGCUGCGCCGUUCCCUCAAAAAUAUACACUCGACGAGGCCGAGUAUGAGAGAAUAGCCGAGCUGGCCAAGCUCCAGCUUGACGACGCCGAGGAAGACCUCAAGGAAGCGCAAGAGAAGGAGGGCGAUGAUGACCACAUGGCCGACAAGGCGCACGCAAAGGGUGGGAAGAAGAGUUCCAAGUCGGAGACCAACUACAAUGACGACGAGGACCUGAAGGAAUACGACCUGGAUAACUACGACGACGACGAAGACGACAAGGUGACCGAGGAUGUUCAGGGCCUCAGCAUGUUCGGCAACAUGAAGUCACUUGCCUACUACGAGGACAACAAGGACGACCCUUAUAUCACGCUCCAGGACGGAGACGACGAGGAGGCGGAAGAUGUCCAGAUCCUGGCCACCGAUAACCUGAUCCUCUCCGCCAAGGUCGAGGACGAGAUGGCGCACCUCGAGGUGUACGUGUACGAGGACGCGAGCGACAACCUCUACGUCCACCACGACAUCAUGCUCCCCGCCAUCCCGCUCGCCGUCGAGUGGAUCGACAUGCCCGUCAGCAACAACGGCUCCUCCGCCGCGGGCGCCGACGCCCGCGGCAACUCCGUCGCCGUCGCCACCAUGGACCCGGACAUUGAGAUCUGGGACCUCGACACCAUCGACUGCAUGUACCCCAACGCCAUCCUCGGCCCCGGCGCCGCCAAUGCCGACCCCAGCGUCGUCAAGCCCAAGAAGAAGAAGUCCAAGGCCAGCAAGGCCAACGACAGCUACCACGUCGACGCCGUCCUCGCACUCGCCGCCAACCGCAAGCACCGAAACCUGCUCGCCUCCGCCUCCGCCGACAAGACGGUCAAGCUCUGGGACCUACAUACCGCCAAGUGCGCCGCAUCCUACGCCCACCACACCGACAAGGUCUGCUCGCUCGCCUGGCACGCCGCCGAGCCCACCGUGCUGCUCACCGGCAGCUACGACCGCACCGUCGUCGCCGCCGACAUGCGCGCGCCGGACGCCAAGGCGCCGCGCUGGGGCGUCGAGAGCGACGUCGAGAGCGUCCGGUGGAACCCGCACGACGCCAACUACUUCUUCGUGGCCACCGAGGGCGGCGCCGUGCACUACUACGACGCCCGCGCGGCGCCGGCCACGCCCGCCGACAGCAAGUCCGUCUGGACGCUGCAGGCCCACGACGAGUCCGUCUCCGCGUUCGACGUCAACCCCAUCAUCCCCGGCUUCAUCGCCACCGGCUCGACCGACCGCACGGUGAAGCUGUGGAACGUGAAGGACGGCGCCGGCCCGUCCAUGGUCGUCUCGCGCAACCUCGACGUCGGCAAGGUCUUCGCCGCGACGUUCGCGCCGGAUGCCGAGGUCAGCUUCCGCCUGGCGGUGGCGGGCAGCGGGGGCAGCAUGCACGUCUGGGACACGAGCACCAACCCGUCCGUCCGCAAGGCGUUCGCGGAGCGCGUGCCGGAGCAAAAGGGCGACGUGGAGGACCGCCUGGUCGGCGUGGACGACGACGAGAGCAGCUCCAGCGAGGAGGAGGAGGAGGGUGGCGUCGGAGCCGAGGGUGAGGAGGAUGACGAGGAUGAAGAUGAGGAUGAGGAUGAUGAUGAGGAUAUGGAAGAAGCUUAA